AUGGAAGCCCUGGGGAAAUCCACCCUGUGGCUCUCCGGGGAGCUGGCGUCCCCGGCCCCCCGGCUGCACAUCCUGGAUUGCCGCAGCCGGCAGCACUACGACUCCUGCCACGUGGCCCGGGCGCUGAGCGUGGCCCUGCCAGGGCUGCUGCUGCGGCGGCUGCGCAAGGGGAAGCUGUCGGUCCGGUCGCUGCUCCCGCCCGCGCCGGGCGCUGUCCUGCUGUACGACGAGGCCACCGCCACGCUGCCGCGCCCCGGCCGGGACGACGAGGAGUCGGUGCUGGCCACGCUGCUGCGCAAGCUGCAGGAGGAAGGCUGCACGGCGUAUUACCUGCAAGGGGGCUUCUCCAAGUUCCAGUCCGAGUGGCCAGAUCACUGCGAGACCAGCCCGGAGGUGCCCGGCGCCAGCAGCUCCCCCGCUCCGACGGGGACCCCGGUGGUGGGUCUGGGGGGGCUGAGCCUGGGUUCGGACGGGGACUCGGGACCCCUGAGCAGCGGGGGGGUGGACUCGGAGGCAGCCAGCCCCCCGUCCUACCCGGUGCAGAUCCUGCCCCACCUCUUCCUGGGCAGCGCCCGAGACUCAGCCAACAUGGAGACGCUGGCCCGGCUGGGCAUCCGCUACAUCCUCAACGUCACCCCCAACCUGCCCAACCUCUUCGAGGAGCAGGGCGGCUUCCGCUACAAGCAGAUCCCCAUCUCGGACCACUGGAGCCAGAACCUGGCCCGCUUUCCAGAGGCCAUCGCCUUCAUCGACGAGGCGGUGUCCCAGAACUGCGGCAUCCUUGUUCACUGCCUGGCGGGUGUGAGCCGCUCGGUGACGGUGACAGUGGCCUACCUCAUGCAGCGCCUCAACCUGUCGCUCAACGACGCCUACGACCUGGUCAAGCGCAAGAAGGCCGACAUCUCGCCCAACUUCAACUUCAUGGGGCAGCUGCUGGACUUUGAGAGGGAACUGGGGCUGGCUGAGGGAUCGCCAGCGACCCCUGGAGCCCCUGAAGGGCGCGGCCAGACGCCCACGUCCUCCCCAGGCUGCUUCUUCACGCCGCCGGCCUCCGAAUAUGAGGAAGAGGAUGGCAGUUUCCAGCGUUACCCCACGUAG